UUUUGCCAUUACCAACCAGAAGAUAAAAGAAGAAUGGAGCGUAUACGCUAUUUUAAUUAAAGAUUGCGGUCAACAGUUUCAAAACGUGCUGCAAAAUGCGUAGCGAAGUGAACCGUGAGCAGCACGUGCAUGUCUAGUGGAGGAGGCACUGACGGAUACGCCCCUAAUUCAAACGGGCCAAUUGGAAAGCAACUCAGUUUUGAAAAUCAAAUGUUUUCAUUGGACAGACAGAGUAUUUCGCAGGGUGGGCACGGCUUGUCUCUGGGGGGGGGGCAGUGCCCACCCCAGCCCCCCCGUGGUCACGCCUCCGGAAUAAAUAGAGAGAAUAAGCAAACAAACAAAUAAAUGAUUAAAUGACGCGCGUUACUAAUUCCCCGUAUAUAUUGCUUAAAGUUGUGAUAAUACGUAUACAUUAUAAUCAUAAUGAAUGUUACAUUUCACAGUAAUGGAUCAGGUGAUCUUCUAAUUGCCUCUGAAAUUAGCGCAUAAUUACCCGGCUUGUGAUGCUGAGUUUUACGUAAAGAUGUUCUUGUUUAUUUGGGUAUUGUGGUGGAGUGGGGUGGCAGCCGAUUUAACUCGGUAGUUUCACGAGUCACCUUAUCCCCUUAUUCCCUGUCUGGAAAGAAGCGACCGGCGUGAGCUUCCCCCUCUCACAUGCCCUCCGUUCCAGGGGCGCGCAUAUUAAAGCCCCCCAGGUCAUCCUCACGGUUUCAUUUAUCUGCCAAAUGCGCAUCAAAAACGACUCAACCGCCAGCGGCUCCGCUAUAAACGGUAUGAGGGGAGAGUAUGCGCAAGUAAUAUUGGAAAAAACCAAAGCGUGUGGUUGUUGCGGGAGGUGCUUACCACUGUGGAAGCGUGAAAGUGUAAUGGCGGCAUUUAAAGGCAUCUGGACUCAGGAGUUCUGGCGGGCGGUCUCUGCGGAGUUCCUGGCCACCCUGAUCUUCAUCCUACUCAGCCUUGGCUCCACAAUAAACUGGGGGGCUGGCAAGGAGAAGCCACCCCCCCCGGACCUGGUGCUUAUCUCACUCUGCUUCGGCCUGAGCAUCUCCACUAUGGUUCAUUGCUUCGGGCACAUCAGUGGGGCCCAUAUCAAUCCAGCCGUAACGGCGGCCAUGGUCUGUACUAGGAAGCUCAGCUUGUCCAAGGCUGUCUUCUACCUGGCAGCCCAGUGCCUGGGAGCGGUUGUCGGGGCUGGAAUCCUUCUCAUGGUGACGCCCAGUUCUGUGAGAGGUGGCCUUGGAGUAACCGUGGUAAAUUCCAGCAUCUCGCUGGGUCAUGCCCUAGUGGUGGAGCUCCUGAUCACCUUUGAGCUGGUCUUCACCAUUUUUGCUACAUGUGACCCCAGACGUGUCGAGCUCAAGGGCUCGGUUGCCUUGGCCACCGGCUUUGCUGUCUCCAUUGGACACCUCUUUGCUAUCCCUUAUACUGGAGCCAGUAUGAACCCGGCCCGGUCUUUUGGACCUGCUGUUGUGACCUGGAACUGGGAAAACCACUGGGUAUACUGGAUGGGCCCGGUCAUGGGUGGGGUGGUGGCAGCCGCCCUCUAUGAUUAUAUCUACUACCCCGACAAGGAGCUCAAGAAGCACAUGAAGGAAAUGCUGUCAAUGGUGCCCUACACGCCCACCAAGUACAAGGAGGCAGAAGACAGCCGAUACCCAAGAGACUUGGACGAGCUGGUCAUUAAGCCAGGACCCUUCCACGUGAUCGAUGUAGCUGAGAGGAAGGACAGGGACCCCGCCCGGGAGGUACUGUCCUCUGUAUGACUAGCACAUAACGUUGAAAAAGGAAAGCGGGCCGUGACCUUUGACCCCCACCUCGUGUCCGCCCUCAAGGAGACAUACCUCUGCUAGGACUCGACGUAAGAGGACCAUCCUCAGCUGCGCAGCUUCACCUUCAUAGGAAGCCACUGACCUUCAUUUACAGAAGCCACCAGGAUGACUAAAAAUCAACAUAGCCAACAUCUGACAUAAGCAGGGGCGUAUCCCGGGGCCGGGGCCACAGGGGUACUGACUCCAGUUGAAAGUUGAUUGGCCCUCAGUAUGCCCUAUCCCCUUUCACUCACUGAUUCUAAACGUAUCAUUGGCUAAUGAUGAGGUUGGCCCCUCCGUGUGAAUUAUGGUCCCUCUCAUGUCCACCACCUUAAAAAAAUUCUAAAAUAAAAGUAACAUUCCCUUUCUUAUUGAGGGUUUAAUUAGCAAUGUAAUUACACUAUGCUUUUAAAAUAAGGGUUUUAUAUGCAAAACUUUCUAUAAUGUGGUUCUUCCUUUUUAGUGUAUGUUUUUUCAACAUCCUCAUCAAAAUCCUCUUUAAAAUUGCAUCAGAAAAUAUGCUUAUGCGAAUUUGUUUUUAACAGAUGUAACAAUCGUUUUUUUUUUGUAAACACUUGCAUAUUUGUAUAUAGCAGAAUAUAUUUUAAUUGAUUAAUUCAAAUUUAAUGGUUUUCAUUCUGUACCUCUGAAUUCUUUCUUUCGCAACUGAAAGUCCAAGUUCAUUCUUUUACCCAUUUUUACAUAUACUUUGAUGUAUCAUUAUGAAAAUCAGUUUCCAUUGCUUGCACAUUUGUUAUAGCAACUUUAACGGCAGGUUUAAUCAUCUUGUGAUUUUCAAGAUGAAUUAGAUAUCUUGUUAAGUCAAUUAUGGGCCUGUGGUCACUGGUCACCACCCCAUUUGCAGAAUUUGGAACAUUCUGACCCUGGAGAAUUUCAUAUUAUGGUUAUAACACAGCUAAAUUAUAUUUAUCAAUUCUGAUAAAAAUGUCAUGUGUUUUGGUUACGUGUAUGAAAUAUAUAACAUAAUA